AUGGCAACCAAGGCAUGUACCCUUAUAGGCACGUACAGGAGGUUCAAACCACACAUCUUUAUGACUGUUGCUCAGAUGUGUUAUACUUUUCUGUACUUCAUCACAGAGGCUUCCUUCAAUCAUGGGAUGAAUUCCCAUGUCUACAUAACUUAUCGACAUAUCGUAGCUGGUUUAGCAAUAUUACCUUUUGCCUAUUUUCUAGAACGAAAAAUAAGGCCGAAGUUGACACUGGCUCUAUUCAUGGAGAUCUUUGUUCUUUCUCUUCUUGGGGUGAGUUUGGCCCCAAACAUGUACUUUGCAAGCUUAAGAUUCACCUCUCCAACCUUCCUCGCAUCAAUGGUUAACACAAUAGCUUCCCUGACUUUUGUAUUAGCAGUUAUACUCAGAUUGGAGAUUCUAGAUCUGCGAAACCUUCGUGGAAUAGCCAAAAUUCUCGGAACCUUGGUUUCCUUGGCAGGUGUCAUGACCAUGACAUUAUACAAGGGACCCAUUGUGCAAAACAUAUGGCAUCCUCAAAUCCAUCUCAGAGGAAACAUUGGAAUCCACGAGAACUGGUUAAAGGGUUCAAUUCUCACUGUAAUAAGCUGCAUAACAUGGUCCAUGUGGUAUAUAAUGCAGGCAUAUACACUGAAAAGAUAUCCAGCACAACUGUCACUUACUGCAUGGAUGAACUUCGUUGGAGCCGCACAAUCAGCUGUCUUUACAGUAUUCAUACAACAUAAGCCAGCUGCUUGGGCCAUCGGUUUCAACAUUGACUUCUGGUCUACACUAUAUGGAGGGGUAGUGAUCUCUGGAUUACUAGUCUUCAUUCAAUUAUGGUGCACAGAAGAAAAAGGGCCAGUUUUUGUGACAAUGUUUAAUCCCCUUUCGACAAUAUUAGUGGCUGUUCUAGCAUACUUUGUCUUCGGCGAAAAGCUUUAUGUAGGCAGCAUAAUAGGGGGAGUUAUUGUCAUUGUUGGCCUGUACUUGCUAUUAUGGGGCAAAGAACGUGAUAAAGAUGUACCAGUGAAGCCGGAAGAGCAAGCUUAUACGACUAAUGAAGAGCAUGAAGACCUUCAAAUAAAAGUAUUCACUUCAACUGCAAAGGAUUUGAAAGGAGAAACUCAAAAGUUAUAUAAUUCCUUCGACUCGCACAUGAUAACGUAA